ACCACAUAUCUGUCUGCCAGACCGUUCCCCAGGUCUGUCUGUUUCUAUCUCUCUCUCUCGUACACUCCAGUACACUCACUGUGUACUCGGUGUUUUUUUUAAGGGUCUCCAGUGUGCUCUGAUAACAUUCGCGAGGAGCGAUAAACCCGCGCGAGUCCGUUUCUAAGUGGUUUGAGGUUCGAUACUCGGUCCGGCCGGUGACUAGUGAAGUUUAAAAGUUAUUUCUUACGUGUACAGCAGUGCUGUGUGUGUGUGCAGCAGUGCUGUGUGUGUGUCUACAGCAGUGCUGUGUGUGUGUCUACAGCAGUGCUGUGUAUACAGUAGAGCUGUGUGUGUACAGUGGAGCUGUGUAUACAGUAGAACUAUGUGUGAACAGUAUUGCUGUGUGUACAGCAGUGCUGUGUGUACAGCAGAAGAGCAGUUCUGACUAUACUUCUGUCCUCUUUAGUAAGUCUCCUGACACCUGCUGCACCCUCGUCACCUAACAGUAAAUAGGUACCUGUCAAUCAGUCUUAGGUGUCAUAAGUGAAGGAAUAUCGUGGCUUCAUAAGCCACCUGGGUUACUAACCCACCACCCACAGACAUUGUCGUUCUUGAAAGGGUCACGAGCAGGUCGUGGAGUGUGUGUGAUGGUGGUCGUGUGUCGUUGACUACCAUGGUGCUGGGGGUCGAGUCUACUGACCGCACCAUGUACCCCGCUGCCAACAGACCGCCACACCACCCGGUGGUUGGGCAGCAGAGCCACACUGCUGGGUACUUUGGGUAUUACCAGCAACAACCAGCCCACCACCACCACCACCCGCACCACCACCACCACCACCACCACCAGUACGCACCGCCAGACCUCAACUGUAACCUGCAGCCGUUCAUGGCGGCGGGGCAGUUUACCGACGGUUUACAGAGCAGUGCCUGGCACAGUCCCAUGUACAUGGCACCUGCCCACCACCCCGCCGCUGCCCACUGCCAACAGCGCUCACCCUCCGGAUACGAAGACUGGACGCCAUCUCUACACCACAGCGGCGGUGUAUCACCAUUGCCGCAAGCGGUACCGUCCAGCGGGCUCCACCAACCGCCGCACACACCCUCGCCGUGUGCCGCAGCCGCACACACUGCUCCCGCAUCCCCCAACUACCCGCACUACCAGAAGGUAGACCACCUGCCCAAUGCCCACCACGACUACGCUGGCGAUAGCGUCGUUCCGGCCGCUAGCGGCGGUGACGGAGGCGGCGGCGGCGGCCAGUCGCCGCACAAUGGAUUGCCGCUAAGCGAUGCCACACAGGAGGCCGCAUCCCCACCCACCGUCGCACCGCCCGCACGCCCACAGCAAGUGCGGUCACCGUUUGAGUGGAUGAAGAAACCGUCAUACCCAGCCCAACCUAACCAAGAUGCCGCUUACUUGGACCUGGAUGGACUGUCAGUAAAAGGCAAGACGAGGACGAAGGACAAGUACAGAGUUGUGUACAGCGACCACCAGAGACUCGAACUGGAGAAAGAAUUCCACUACUCCCGGUACAUCACCAUCAGGAGGAAGUCAGAGCUAGCGUCCAUGCUGGGACUCUCUGAGAGACAGGUCAAGAUCUGGUUCCAGAACCGGCGAGCCAAGGAGAGGAAGCAGAUGAAGAAGAGAGACGAACUCAUGCAGAAGGAGAAGCUGGAGAGCGUACAGUACCAUACACCCACGGUCACCUCGGUGCCGCCCAUGCAACCCAUGCACCCCCACGUCUCCAGCGCCCAGCACCUGCCCUCCUCCAAGCCUCUAAUGAUGGAUGUGAAGCCCAUCCUGGGGCUUGAUUGACCAGAGCCUGCCUUGUAUUGGAGUCAGUGACCUGCCUUUGACCUAUGACCUUGCCUCGGACACACUCAUCUCUCAUGGAUGCGAAUACCUGGAGUGAGCAAGGCACCUGUGGCAGCCAUGGGUGCCAGGAUCCUGGUGCCACCUAGUGUUGGCAAUAGUCGUGAUACAGUCCCUGGUGCUUAAUAGUGACGGCCCUACCAUUCCACCUCUUCAAAAAAAAUGUGAUAUGACAUAUUCAUCUUUAAACUGGAUAUUGUAAAUUAUGGGUUUGGUAGCAGAGUUGUGGAAUGUUUGUGGGCAGGACCGUGACACUCAAGGAGAGAGGGACCGUUGAUGGAGGAAGUGUGAUUAACUCCGGAGUUUUGAGAAGUUUGUGGGGAGGAUUGUGAUCAAUACCAUGAGUGUGGGACGUUUGUGGGGAGGAUUGUGAUCAAUAUCAUGAGUAUGGGACGUUUGUGGGGAGGAUUGUGAUCAAUACCAUGAGUGUGGGACGUUUGUGGGGAGGAUUGUGAUCAAUACCAUGAGUGUGGGACGUUUGUGGGGAGGAUUGUGAUCAAUACCAUGGGUGUGGGACGUUUGUGGGGAGGAUUGUGAUCAAUAUCAUGAGUGUGGGAUGUUGUGAGAAGGAGUGUGAUCAAUAACAUAAGUGUGGGACGUUUGUGUGGAGAAGUGUGACAAUAAACAGUUUGUUUUGCAGCUGACGAAGCGGAAAUAACGUGUAUAGUGACACAGAUGCGGCGUGAGGGACACGCAGUCAGUGUGGCCAGGAGGAAGAGGUAUUUUUACAAUGACAAACAUCCUCACAAGGAUCAUCGCUGCUGAACACAAGCCUCAUGAAAUACAACAUGCACACGGGGCAAAAUAAAUACCAUGAGUGACAAUAUAUAAGAGGGAAUGUGUUCCUUUUUUUUAAGUCACGAGGUUACCAAGUCAUGUAAACGCUACAAUAAAAGACCGUCUGGGUGUUACUGUAAAGGUCUUUAAAGGUCAAGGUUAAUAUACUCCAAUUAUAAGGCACGCUGUAGUAACGGCACGAGAGACUUUAC